UGAGUAAGAGAUGGGCCAAUACCCACUCAGCCUUAGAAGCCCUUCCAAACAUGGCUUUCUCUUUCUUAUGUGAAGCCCUUCUCUCUAACCAGAGGCCGUUAGAACUUUCUCUCUCUACAAUCCUCUCACUGAUUGCCAUCCAGUAAGGCCUUUCUCUCUCUACAAAUGGGGUCUUCAAAACCAAGCCUGUAUCUAAUCUUCUCUCUCCUCCCCCAUCUCUGCAUAUGCGGCCCCAUCUUCUCAAACCUCAUCUUCCCCAAUUUCACAGCAACCAACCUCGAUUUCGUUGACAAUGGCGGAGUCUUCUUAUCCUCGAUUAACAACACAUACAGCGCCUCAAUCUACAAUCCAGCAGGUGAUAACAAUUUCUACCUCUGCGUUCUCCACACCUCCUCCAACCGCCUCAUAUGGUCGGCCGAUCGAGACACACCGAUCUCAAAUUUCGGCCAAUUGAGCUUAACUCGUGGUGGUUUCUCUCUGUAUAGAGAUGACGGAACUCUGGCUUGGUCUGCCGGAAUCCUCGCCAGAGAAGUUUCUGGCCUCCAACUCAAAGAUUCCGGCAACCUCGUCCUCUUGGACACAUCAAAUAGAACUCUUUGGCAAAGCUUCGACUACCCAACUGAUACAGUCCUAAUUGGGCAGCCACUUGUCACCGGAAAGUCCAUAAUUGCCUCAACUUCCGGAGCUAAUCCGACUUCGGGCGACUACUCAGUCUCUGUCUCUGAAGCUGAUUUGAGUGCAAUUUGGUCAGGCCAAAAGUACUGGAGUCUAGCAAAUGAUCCGAUCGCAACGAAGGACGCAAACGGGCGGGUAACGCAAAUGGCUGUUAACUCUUCGGGCCUCUAUCUACUUUCAGGUGAGCCAGGCUCUCCAGAUGUGGUCGUAAUAUGGCAAGUCAGCUUACCGGCAGCUGCAUUCCGGCUAGCUACGGUGUAUCCCGACAGCCGGUUCGCUGUCCUGAGCUUUGCAUCUGGGUCAUGGAAUGAAGACUUUGUGAGGCCUGAUGAUCCAUGCUCUUGUCCUUUGGCCUGCGGUAGUAUCGGGCUAUGCAGAACGUCGGCAGGUGCAGGGUCUCCAUAUUGCAGCUGUCCGUCGAGUUUUCCAGCUGCCGACUCAGCUGACCCAAGCCACGGGUGCACACCCCCCAUCUCUGCACCCUCGUGUGCAUCAAACAAGUCCAUCGAGUACCUCAGUUUUGGUACCAGGGUCACUUAUUUUGCGACCCGGUACUCCGAGCCUAUCGAGUCUGUUAACCAGUCUGGGUGCGAGGCGCUGUGCACGGGCAACUGUACAUGCCGCGGGUUCUUUUACUCUAACCAGACAGGGUUCUGCUUCUUGCUUCGGGAUCGGGUCGGAUCAGUUCGGGUUGGCGAUGACUCGCGUAGCUCUGGGUAUCUCAAAGUGCUUGCAGCCAUAGAAGAUGGCCACCGAGUCGACUCCGAAGCCGUGCCUCUUGUGGCCUUUAUACUCGCACCGAUCGGUGGAGCAUUGCUGAUCACGGCUAUUUUGGCAGGUGGAAUCACUUGGUGGCGGAAGACUUCGUCGAAACCUGUGGCUAAAAAGGCAGCAAAGAUGGUAGAUUCAGACUCAGACUUAGAAUUCAAGUUGAUCCCAGGUCUCCCUGUUCGAUUCAGUUUCUCAGAGCUUGAGUUGGCCACGGAGCAUUUCAAGAACCAAAUCGGGUCAGGUGGGUUCGGUGCGGUGUAUAAGGGCGUGCUUCCUGACACGACUGUGGUCGCCGUGAAAAGGAUUAACAGCGUCGGAAUCCAAGGGAAACGUGAGUUCUACACCGAGAUCGCGACGAUUGGGAGUAUCCACCAUGUGAACCUGGUUCGACUGCGCGGCUUCUGCACAAAGGGGGCACAAAGGCUUCUAGUCUAUGAAUACAUGAACCUGGGUUCACUCGACCGCACUCUGUUUGAGGGUGGUGCACGCGUGCUGGGCUGGGGCGAGCGGGUUGAGAUCUCCCUUGGUGCAGCACGGGGGCUCGCAUACCUUCAUGGCGGGUGCCGGCAGAAGAUCAUCCACUGCGAUGUGAAGCCAGAGAACAUACUUCUCAAUGAUUCGGGGGAGGUGAAGCUCUCAGACUUUGGAUUGUCGAAGCUUUUGACGCGGGAACAGUCUGAGAUGUUCACCACGAUGCGGGGCACAAGGGGCUACCUCGCGCCUGAGUGGCUCACCACCGCCGCCAUCUCGGAGAAGACCGAUGUGUAUAGUUUUGGGAUGGUUCUUCUCGAGAUCGUGAGGGGCCGUAAAAAUUGUCUCGGGGGAGGCGGGGGCCAGUAUUUCCCGAUGCUCGCGCUUGAGAUGCAUGAGAAUGGGCGGUACAUGGAGCUAGUGGACCCAAGGCUCGGGGGGGAGGUGGAUGCAGAGGAGGUGCGGCGUGUGGUGCGUGUGGCUUUGUGUUGUGUGCACCAGGAACCAGCAUUGAGGCCGUCAAUGGCUGCGGUGGUGGCGAUGUUGGAGGGGCGAGUGGAAGUCGGUGAGCCGAGGGUCGAGUCGCUUACAUUUUUGAGGUUCUAUGGGCGGAGGUUCAGUGAACCGUCGAGGCUCGGAUCUGAGAGCGAGAGGGGACCGAACCACGGGACUGCAUCGUCCAGUGGCUCUUUGGCGCCCACAACGCUCACUGAGUAUUACAUUUCUGCACAGGAGGUGUCCGGUCCGAGGUGAGGUGACGGCAGUGCCGCAAUCCUGCCGGACAAGGGACAUUCCGGCCGAAAUACCAUACCCUACAUGUGUAUAAUGGUGCGACGUAUGGUGCUUGAUACAGGUAUACCAUGAGGCUGUCUGCUACAUGUCCGUGAUGCUGGAUCGCUGAGAUCAAUUUUGCCUGGCUUGGGAGAAUGUCUGCAACUGAAAAUUACAUCAUGCACCACUUAUGUAUGGUAUAUGAUGUCUAGUAUAUGGUGUUAUUGUGCAUAGUUUCCCUUUGGGUCAUUCCCCGCUGCUGGGGUUCAUUAAGUUUCCUAUUCUUUUUUCUUAAAUCUUCAAUCAUGGAUUCUACGUAUAUGAUGCUUGUUGCUCAGCAAAAUCAAUGUAGUGUGAAUAGCAA